CCUGGGUCCUGAUUUUGCAUUUCUAAUGAAGCUGAACUGACAAAGCGUGAAAGUGGUCUAAAGGGAAAAACAAAGAAAACGACCCUGUUUUUACUGUGCCAAAACUAAUCAAUAUUCCAGAAGCUCAGCUUUUUUCCCCUCUUCUGUUGGGUUUUCAAUUUUUUUUCCAGAGUUGGGCUAAUAGUCCCCUCCCCUUUUCUUAAGUUACAGAAAUAGUAAGUUGCUGUACUGAGAACACAUGCAUAUCGUUAUCCUUCUCUGUCUCUUGCUCACUGAAUUUCGCAACUCUACUUCACCUUACUGGGAAAUUUACUUUGCUGGUUUUCUUGCACCCGAGGAGUCUGGCAGAAUUUGAAAAGCUUUCUCCAGUACCACCCAAGCAAAAGAAUCUGAGCCUUUCUGGGGACCUUUUAGCGAAAGUAAAAUAUAAAAGAAAAAAGAAAUCACUUUUUGAGAGCUAGAUGACUAAAAGUAACGGAGAAGAUCCACGAUCUGGAAGUAGGAUGGAGCGUUUUCAGCAAGGAGUCCGGAAACGUACAUUAAUGGCAAAAAAGAAAGUGCAGAGCAUAACAAAGGAUGAUGUUAAAAGCUACUUACUAAGGAAUGCCUUUGUGCUCCUAACCAUCAUUGCUGUCAUUGUUGGUAUAAUCCUUGGAUUUUGCCUCCGACCAUACAACAUGAGUUACCGAGAAGUCAAAUACUUUUCCUUUCCAGGAGAACUAUUGAUGAGAAUGCUGCAAAUGCUGGUCCUUCCCCUUAUCGUAUCCAGUUUAGUUACAGGAAUUGCUGCCCUGGAUAGUAAAGCAUCAGGGAAGAUGGGAAUGCGAGCUGUAGUCUACUACAUGAGUACAACGAUCAUUGCUGUAUUGAUUGGUAUUAUCAUUGUGGUCAUCGUCCACCCUGGGAAAGGUACAAAGGAAAAUAUGCACAGAGAAGGCAAAAUUAUGCAUGUGACAGCAGCAGAUGCCUUUCUUGAUUUAAUCAGAAACAUGUUCCCUCCAAACUUGGUAGAAGCCUGCUUCAAACAGUUCAAAACAAACUAUGAUAAGAGAGAAUUUCAAGUAGCAAUUCCACACAAUGAAACCUCCACUAUGGCUUCUGUAAUCAGCAACGUCUCAGAGGCAAUGGAAACCCUAACUCGAAUAAAGGAGGAGAUUAUCCCUGUUCCAGGAUCUGUAAAUGGAGUGAAUGCACUCGGACUGGUGGUUUUUUCAAUAAGCUUUGGAUUGGUGAUUGGGAGCAUGAAGGAGCAAGGGCAGCCAUUAAAGGACUUCUUUGAUAGCCUUAAUGAAGCUAUCAUGAGAUUGGUAGCUCUAAUCAUGUGGUAUGCUCCGCUUGGUAUCCUCUUCUUGAUUGCUGGAAAAAUUGUUGAGAUGGAAGACAUGGGUGUAAUUGGUGGACAACUUGCCAUGUACACUGUAACAGUUAUCAUUGGUUUGCUCAUUCAUGCAAUUAUUGUUUUACCACUGCUCUACUUCCUGAUCACCCGUAAAAACCCUUGGGUAUUUAUUGGAGGAUUGCUUCAGGCACUGAUUACAGCUUUGGGAACAUCUUCAAGUUCUGCCACCCUACCUGUUACAUUUAAAUGCCUAGAAGAAAAUAAUGGAGUGGAUAAGCGUGUUACAAGAUUUGUACUCCCAGUGGGUGCUACAAUCAACAUGGAUGGCACAGCUUUGUAUGAGGCUUUGGCGGCAAUUUUCAUCGCACAAGUUAACAACUUUGAUCUGAACUUUGGGCAGAUUAUCACAAUCAGCAUCACAGCUACAGCUGCCAGUAUUGGGGCUGCAGGAAUUCCUCAGGCCGGACUGGUCACCAUGGUCAUUGUGCUGACAUCUGUAGGUUUGCCUACGGAUGAUAUCACUCUCAUCAUUGCAGUGGAUUGGUUCUUGGACCGUCUUCGUACCACUACCAAUGUCUUGGGAGACUCCAUUGGUGCAGGAAUUGUUGAACAUUUGUCACGGCAUGAACUGAAGAGCAGAGAUGCUGAGAUGGGUAAUUCUGUGAUAGAAGAGAAUGAAAUGAAGAAACCAUAUCAACUCAUCUCACAGGAAAAUGAGCGUGAAAAACCAUUAGACAGUGAAACCAAGAUGUAGGAUAAAACAGGCAUGUAUCCAACACUAGAAUUGUGGGAAACAUACUUCUCCAACCAUUUAUACCUUGUUUUCACCAAGUCCAUUUAGUCCAUGUUUCUCCCCUUUAUGAUAGCACGGAAAAAGAAUUAAUCACAAACAUUCCAAAUUAGCAGUGACCAAGGUGUAUGUUGGCAUUCUACUUUAAAAAAUUAACAGGCUUCACACUGGUCCUGCGAGAGAUGCGUUAACUGAUGAAAAAUACAAAAAAAAGUGUGUGUAUUAAAUCCUAAAAGUCCCCAUGUAUGUGUUACUGAGCUCCAGAAAUGUGACCUUUUUUUUUUUUUUUUUUUUAUAAGCUGGAAAGACAAAAUAGAUAACAGAACCUGAAAAAACAUUUUUAUUUUUUUAAAUACCUAUUGCCAUUUCCUAGCACCAAUAAGCACGCAAUCAACAAUUCCUAACUUGAUAACUGAACCAAGAUAUAUGAACUAACAGGAUUGUGGUCUUUCAUCUGCUGUCAUUUUUCACCUGUGUUAUUUCCUUAUUCUAUACUAGAAGCAGAAUAAAGUCACAGUAAAUGAAAGAAAAAUAAGGAAGAGAUGUUCACAUAAAAUACUCAUGAGUAGAGCUUUUACCAGAUUGAGCUGAAAUAUCAUUUUUCAGUUGAAUUCUUCUGACUAAGACACUUAAGCACUAGCAAGGGCUGAUCUUGACAAGCGCUUAUGUUUACUGCUCCCUUUGACCUGUGAACACUUAUGCAUAUUCAUAAAUAUUUGCAGGAUCUAAGCCCUAGAUUGGCUGGUCUUUGAUGCAAGAAGGGUAUCUUUAUCUGUGUUUGGAAAAUACUUAAUACACAGUGGGUGUGCUCAUAGUCUAAAUAGUCAGCAAUGAUAAAACAAGCUGAGAGCAUCAGCACUUUGUAGGAAGCACUACAGGCCUGGGAGAAGUUGAUCAGAAACUAAGGAGAUGGAGUUCUGGCUCAGACUCGGUGUUGCAGAAACUGCAUUGCUGGAAGUCAUGACAGAAGGGGCAUUUAAGUGGAAGUCUGCCAACGGCUCGGUCAUUCAAUUGAGAAGUAGUGAGUCUAAUAGCCAAAUACACCUUAUUCUACUUGCGAGACAGAACUUACUGUCUCAUUAUGAGGUUCCCAAAUUUUUGUGGGUUUACCAGCAACAUCUCUAUUAAAACAUAAAGAAUACUAUUUUAGAAAAUUAAACUAAUGGGUGCUUUGUUACUUCUUACUAGAAAAAAUAUAAAUUGCAGAAUAGUAAAUACAUUUAUUAAAAUGUUGAAAGUAUAAUAAAAAGGAUCUUAAGAGCAAUACUGUAGGUCUCCUUCAGGGAAUACAGGAAGAAGGAAUAAAAAAAGGGAGCUAAUAGUAAUCUUGUAGCUUUUUUGUCCACUUCAUGAUUAUUCCCUGAUGAAGCCCUUUUAUGAAAAAUAUUAAUUUUAUUAUUUUCCUUUGUUCUCCUUGUGUCAUUGUAGGAGUCAAAGAGUAAAGUUUAUAAUGCAGUUAGAGAUGGGGAACUGAAGGAGCAUGAAUAAAAAAGCACAGCACUUACUGAAUGGCCUUUUCUGCACAGAAAACUUUGGUUUAGUUCCAGGUUUUGGCUGGUGUGUUUGUUUUUGAGACAGAACAGAGACAUUUCCUUGCUGCAACCACUACUCACCAAACUCCCAUGAUUAACACAUGUAACUUUUGUCUCUGAAAGAACAUAACAACUAUAAAGUGAAAACGUCAGUGUGCUAGUUGAAGGCAGGUCUUUUCCCAUGUUUGGGGCCACAUGACAGGCUGUUUUUUCCAGGAGUGACAAGUCCUUGUUCAUGUGAGUAGUUUAAGUGGGAAUACUUUUACAAGAGUGGUGAGCAGGAUUUAACUCAGAGUCCUGAGCAGUAAGAAUGCUUUAAAACCUGCAACGUUCUAUAAAAUUCUCUAACUGGAAAGUGAAAACGUGUGAUUUUUUUUGCUAACAGAAUACAACCCUAGCAUGCAGACACACACAUCUUCUGAUUUGUAAUUAGAGUUAUUUUUAUAUAGAUACUGUAUUCAGUAUGUGUGUAUAAAAGUUAACUUUAGAAUGGAGUAACAAUUUAAUUGUUAAAACUCUAUUGGGAAAUACAUUGCAAAGACUUAAUAUAAAUGGCUGUCUUUCUAUGACAUCAGUUGAGAAAAGUGAAUUGUGUCACAGAGUAUGUGAUCUUUUUUACACUAACUUUGUUUCUUAUGGAAAUCAGGUAUUAUAGAGAGAUCCCUUUUCCGAGCUCUCAUUGGCUCUGCAUUUAGAGGCACCCGGUGGGGAUUGAAAAACGUUACUUUGUAGAUGUAUUUUCAAUAAAAAAUAGUUUUACAUUA